UAUGUAAACGCGAGGGCAAGGAAAGCGUCAGCCACGUGGGGGGGUGCCGUGGGGUGCUGGGCGGGGCAGCUGCAUAGGGCUCCAAACGUCAGUCGCGGCGCGCGCGUCACUCGGCCACGACUACUCACUUGUAGCCCGUCGAAAUACGCGCCAAAACCGCGCUUUCGAACUGUCAAAUCUAAUUUGAACAGAUCGCGAAUGAACGAAAUUAAAAUUAAAAACAUUCAUUUCGAACCAUAAACAAUAUUUUGUUUUUGUGGCAGUAUUUUUCUGCCAGUUUUGGAUUAUGUAAUUUAUUUUUUCAGUGUUUUUUAAUUUGCGUUUAGUUGAUGUGUGCGAGCGAGAGGGAGAUGGAGAGUCCGGGCGAGGAAGCGGGACGGAGCGCCGCCCCCGCGACGAACGGGUCCAAUAAGAUCAUCGGUCGCAACGUGAAUGGAACCAUGGUGGUGACAUCCCGACCCUCCAACGAGGCUGAGCUGCAACUGUACCGCGUCAUGCAGCGCGCCAGUCUGUUGGCAUACUACGACACACUGCUCGAAAUGGGCGGUGACGACGUCCAGCAACUUUGUGACGCCGGCGAAGAAGAGUUCCUCGAGAUCAUGGCGCUCGUCGGCAUGGCGUCUAAACCCCUUCACGUCCGCCGUCUCCAAAAGGCUCUCCAAGAAUGGGUCAACAAUCCUGCCCUCUUCCAAAUCCCGAUCGUCCCUCUCUGUCCCACCGAAAACCCCUUCGUCUGCAACCAAAGAUUACUCAACAUGCCCACUUUACCUAGUCUACCACGCACAGUCAGCUCUCCUGAAAGCAGACCAAUGUACAGUCCUUCCCCAGGAGCACCCGAGAACAGCUGUGGUAGUACAGCUUCUCAACCUAACGCUAGUCCUGUUCAUACGAACAAUUUUACAAAAAUAGUCCUACCAUCGUCCCCUGCAGCAGCCCCUGUCACAACUACCGCUUCUAGAAGCUUUUCCCCUCAAUCCGCCUGUCCUCCUUCAGCAGGUUCUAGUCCAAGCUCAGUAACAUCUCCAGUCCAGUUAACACCAGUUUUACUAGACGUUCAUGUUCAAAAAUUAUCGGCUGCGGCAGAAAAGCUGAGCAAGCAUUUGCCUCAGUUAGAACCAAAGCCUCAGAACACGAAGAAGAAGAUGUGUAAAGACUUGGAGCUGGUGAUGAUGAUGCCGGAAGCGGAUCCGAGGAGGAUGGAGGAGAUUAGGAAGUACGCGGCGAUAUAUGGCAGGUUCGAUUGCAAGAGGAAACCGGAGAAGCCUUUGACGCUGCAUGAGGUGAUGGUAAAUGAGGCGGCAGCACAAAUGUGCCGCUGCGUCCCCGCGUUGCUGACGCGCCGGGAUGAGCUGUUCCCUCUCGCGCGGCAACUAGUCCGAAGAGCUGGACUCCAUUAUUCUAAGCACGGCCUUCCCCCUACGGCGGCCGGCAAUGAGGAGGCCGAAGAUGACGCGACCGCGGCUAAACGGCCCCGCCAGGAUGGCGAGGAAGGCAAUGGCAUCCGCGCCAGUCCUGACGCUGCUCGGAGCAACUCGAAUCACAGCUGGUGGGGCGUAAAGGCGGAGAGCGAUGACGCGGACUCACGCUGUUCUUAUUCAAGCACCAGUACACCACCGCCGGACGCAGAAGAAAGACCUCAAGUGGUAGCCGCUCGAGGGGACAGUAUCAUAGCGGUGGCCAACCCGGCACUCCAACCGCCACCACCACCUCACCCUGCAAGGAACCACUCCAACUGACAAUAGCUCUCACAUGCAACAAGAUUCCACGCGAACAUAGUAGAAUGGGGCUUAAUUAACCAACACCACCUCAGCAUGCGCGGAACCACUCCAAUUGACAAUCGUGCCUAUGGAAAUAUAAAGGAAUAGGGCUCUCUAGCAAUCAAUCUAGCUUCGUAAUGAAGAAAAAUCAAAUAAAACCUGGAUAACCUUCUAUUAAUAUGUGGCUUGCGAUACCUUGCCAAGGAGAUAGUAAUCGGUACCUUAUCUGGCGUUCUACAGCAACUACACUAUGAGGAACCACUUCAACUAGCUCCCAAAGUCCUGUGCAAAAAAUAAUGUGUAUGAAUGGAGAAAAUAUGCGAAAUAGGGCUUGGAACAUUUACGAUUUAUAUGUAAGACCGCUAAGACGGCAUAAGAAGAACCUAAGGAGACAUUAUAAUAGUGGCAAAUCCUGCGCUCCAUCCCUCACUCCAACUGAAAAAACAGUUCUCAAGAUUAACCCUAUGCUGAAGUAUAGUACUGUGAAACUGUGAUAUGGUGUCAAGGCAUCAUAGCCAUAUUUCAACCACCAUCGUAUGGUACCUUUGAGAAACUAUGCCAACUGACUGAGUUCGACACAGUGACAAUAAUUACACUGGUAUGGGGCAUAGCUUAGCCAUGACCAAAAGCGUUUCUCUUUGUGACCGACCAAUUAGUAAAACUAAUAAUUAUUAAGUAAUCG